GUCUUCGUAACGAUGGUCGGCGCGUUCAGGAAUUACGUAAAAUAAAUUGUAAACCUUCCGUAUUAAGUCAGGCUGACGGCUCAGCUUACAUUGAGCAAGGAAAUACGAAAUGUUUGGCUGCCGUUUAUGGACCUAGAGAGGCAAGAACAAAAGCUCAAGUACUUCAUAACAGGGCAAACAUUAAUGUAGAGAUUUCUUUAGCUCCAUUUUGUAUGAGUGAAAGGAAAAAAAGAUCCAAAUCUGACAAGCGUAUACUAGAAAUCGCGUCAGCGGUAAAACAAACAUUUGAAACAAUUAUAAAGACAGAAUUGUUUGCCAGGUCUCAAAUUGAUAUUUAUCUACAAAUUUUACAAUUUGAUGGAGCAACAUUGGCAUUAAUCGAUGCGGGUAUACCAAUGGUGGAUUAUGUUUGUGCUUGUUCGGCUGGAUGUAUAGAUGAUGAACCAGUUUUAGACUUGAAUUAUGUCGAAGAAUCGCAUGAUACACCAGAAUUAACCGUGGCUUUAUUACCGAAAACUGGUAAAAUUACUUUGUUACAGAUGGAAUCUCGAUUACAUGUUGAUAAAUUUCAAUCAGUCAUGGAAAUGGCAACUGUUGGAUGUAAAAAAAUUUACAAUAUUUUGGAUGAUGUCGUUAGAGAAAAUGUGAAAAAUUUACUUGAAAAGAAAAAGUAA